AAAAAAAACAAAAAACGUUCCAACUACAAAUUAAAUAAUAAUAAUAAUAAAUACUUGAAAGAAUCGAUGGGAUUGAGGCGCCGCUGAUUUUUUUGGAUACCCAGAUCGGCCAAGAAAGGGGGUAGAAACCCACCACCCACCGCCUGAUUGCUACAAAGAAAAUGUCAAAUUAUCAAGAUGAUGAAUAUGAAAUGGAGGAUGUAGAUGAUGAAAUGGAUGAAGGGUUUCGUUCCACAGACGCGCCUGCCUCUGACUCUGAUGGUGAUGAAUAUGAUGACUAUCCGGGUGGUAGAAUAUCCGAUACUUCUGCUGCUCUAGCUAGAAAAGGAAGAGACAUCCAGGGAAUUCCUUGGGAUAGGCUUAACAUCACUAGGGAAAAAUACAGGCAGACUAGGCUAGAACAGUACAAGAACUAUGAGAAUGUCCCUCAUUCUGGACAAGGAUUAGUGAAGGAUUGCAAACCUACAGAGAAAGGUGCAUCUUAUUACGACUUCAUACGAAAUUCAAGAUCUGUGAAAUCAACCAUACUUCAUUUUCAGUUAAGAAACUUGGUUUGGGCUACAUCGAAACACGAUAUCUAUCUCAUGUCACAUUUUUCUGUCAUUCAUUGGUCUUCACUUGUGUGUAAAAGGCGUGAGGUGCUUAAUGUUUCAGGGCAUGUUGCACCAUCUGAGAAACAUGCUGGAAGUUUGUUGGAAGGUUUUAGCCAGACUCAAGUCAGUACUCUUGCAGUGAAAGAUAAUUUGCUAGUUGCUGGAGGAUUUCAGGGAGAAUUGAUAUGCAAACAUCUAGAUCGACGUGGAGUGAGCUUUUGUUCAAGGACAACUUAUGAUGAAAAUGCCAUCACUAAUGCUGUUGAGAUUUAUGUGACUCCCAGUGGUGCAGUUCACUUCACUGCCUCUAAUAAUGAUUGUGGGGUCAGAGAUUUUGAUAUGGAGAAAUAUCAGCUUUCUAAGCAUUUCUGUUUUCCUUGGCCCGUGAAUCAUACUUCUCUGAGUCCCGAUGGGAAACUUCUAACAAUAGUUGGAGACAACCCUGUGGGGCUGUUGGUGGAUUCCAGAUCUGGAAAGACUGUAGAGUCCUUGGAAGGACACUUGGAUUUCUCAUUUGCAUCAGCUUGGCACCCUGAUGGUGUUACAUUUGCCACUGGGAACCAAGAUAAAACUUGCCGAGUUUGGGAUGCUCGAAACUUAUCCAAGUCAGUUGCUGUUUUAAAGGGUAACCUGGGAGCUAUCAGGUCCAUCCGCUACACAUCAGAUGGAAAAUAUAUGGCAAUUGCUGAGCCUGCUGAUUUUGUACACGUGUAUGAUGUUAAAAGUGGGUAUGUGAGGGAGCAAGAGAUUGAUUUCUUUGGCGAGAUAUCUGGGAUAUCAUUCAGCCCAGACACAGAAUCUCUGUUUAUUGGAGUGUGGGAUCGAACAUAUGGGAGCCUUCUUGAGUAUGGGCGUCGGAGGAACUACUCGUACCUUGAUUCUCUUAUCUGAGUCUCAAACGUGUGAGAGAGAGAUAAUAAUGAAUAAUAAUGAAGUUGUCUGUGGUAUUGUCGUGUACUUUGUGCAAUUGAGGAGCUUAGAGAAUAGAAUAUCCCAAGGAGGAGAAAGGUGUGUGUAGAUAUAAAUGUAAUGUGUUGUGUAAUUCUAGGUUGGUAUGGUCCUCUCCUUUAUACCAUAAACGAUGUGUUAAAAGAAGGGGAGGGGAGGUACACACAUCAGCUCUGUUGCGAACAAGUAAUGAAGGAAUGGAAAAAGUAGAACAAUUGGGUUUAUUUCGGGAGAUGGACAAUUUUUAA